GUUUGAUUUACUUGAUAAUUCAGUAUGAAAUCAGUGAUUCAACGCUAUAACAUAUCAAAAGAAGAGAACAAUCAGCUAUUGAAUUCCGAGUCAGAGGCCAAGCUCUGGCAAAGGGAAGCAUCAGUCCUCAAGCAACAAUUGGAGACCUUACAAGAAACUCAUCGCCAUGUGAUGGGAAAAGAACUCAGCAAUAUGGGUGUUGAAGACCUGAAUAACCUAGAGAACCAGUUAGAAAUGAGCCUACAAUCCAUUCGUUUGAAGAAGGAAGAACUUUUAAUGGGGGAGAUACAAGAUUUAACCAGAAAGGGGAGCUUGAUGCAUCAACAAAACAUUGAACUCUACAAGAAGAUAUAUGGCACAAGAGUGAAUGCAGAAAAUUGCGUAAUCGAAGAGAAUGACGACCGUGGUGGCCUUAUGAAUCUGCAACUAAGCCAGCUUUAGCAUCAAACUCAUGGAAUACCUCUAGCAUCGUGAGAAAAACAAGGGGACAGUCAAAUUUGUUCUGGAAAAUGUACUUAGAGUUCGUCAAGAAAGAAAUGUAGGGCUAUUUUGCAAUUUGGAAUAUUAUUAACCUUAUUAGUAGCACAUAGCCAUUGUGCCA